AUGGCUGAAAAAGCGAAACGAAUCCCAUCAGAUCUAGAUUCUCCAAAACCUGAAGAAGAUGUUGAAAAACAACAAGAAACGAUACUCCUUGAGCUAAAGAUGAUUUUAGAAACAGUUAAGGAUAUUGAUAGAAAUAUUAUCAGGUCGAUUGAAUUGUUGCUGGAGCCUACAUCUACCAACUUGCAUAAAAACGGUAACAAGGCUCAAAUAGAUUUGAAUCACAGUGAUUUAAUAAAGAGAAACAUUGAAGCCAUAUCAGACAUCCUUAGGAUGUUGGAUAGUCUAUGA